CUUGCCAUUAAAAUUGGCAUUUGGGGGGAGUAUUUUUCCAUUGAAAUUUAUACAGGAGAGCUCAGCAAUGUUCUUUUUCCCCCAUCUUUGUUUUCCUUAGGGAUUGCCUUAGGAGUCUUGGUUCGAGAAUAUAGCAAGCUGUCUAAUCUGGAGAAGUUCUACUUUGCCUUUCCUGGGGAAAUCCUGAUGAGGAUGCUGAAACUCAUCAUUUUGCCGUUGAUUGUAUCCAGCAUGAUCACAGGUGUCGCUGCGCUGGAUUCCAAUGUAUCCGGAAAAAUUGGGCUGCGUGCUGUCUUAUAUUAUUUCUGUACCACUGUCAUUGCUGUCAUUCUAGGUAUCGUGCUGGUGGUGAGCAUCAAGCCUGGUGUCACCCAGAAAGUGGAUGAAAUUGACAGGAAAGGCAGCAGCCCUGAAGUCAGUACAGUAGACGCCAUGUUAGACCUGAUCAGGAAUAUGUUCCCUGAAAACCUUGUCCAAGCCUGUUUUCAGCAGUAUAAAACCAUGCGUAAAGAAGUAGAGCCUCCCAGCGAGCCCGGGAUGCAUGUGACGGAAGCAUCUGUCACAGCUGUCAUGACAACUGCUGUUUCCAAGAACGAAACAAAGGAAUACAAAAUUGUAGGCACGUAUUCCGAUGGCAUCAAUGUCCUUGGCUUGAUUGUCUUUUGCCUCGUCUUUGGACUUGUCAUUGGAAAAAUGGGAGAAAAGGGACAGAUUCUGGUGGAUUUCUUCAAUGCUCUGAGUGACUCAAUCAUGAAAAUCAUUCAGAUCAUUAUGUGUUACAUGCCGUUGGGUAUUUUAUUCCUGAUUGCCGGAAAGAUCAUAGAAGUUGAAGACUGGGAAAUAUUCCGCAAGCUGGGCCUUUACAUGGCCACCGUCCUGACUGGGCUUGCAAUCCACUCCAUUAUAAUCCUCCCGCUGAUAUAUUUCAUAGUCGUAAGAAAGAACCCCUUCCGAUUCGCCAUGGGAAUGGCGCAGGCUCUCCUGACAGCUCUCAUGAUCUCUUCCAGUUCUGCAACACUGCCUGUCACUUUCCGCUGUGCUGAAGAAAAGAACAAGGUGGACAAAAGGAUCACUAGAUUUGUGUUACCCGUUGGUGCUACGAUCAACAUGGACGGGACUGCACUCUAUGAAGCAGUGGCAGCUGUGUUCAUUGCACAGCUGAAUGGCUUGGACUUGAGCAUUGGGCAGAUCAUCACUAUCAGUGUCACGGCGACAGCUGCCAGCAUCGGAGCUGCCGGUGUGCCCCAGGCCGGCCUGGUGACCAUGGUGAUCGUGCUGAGUGCCGUGGGCCUGCCCACUGAGGAUGUCACCCUGAUCAUCGCUGUCGACUGGUUCCUGGACCGGUUCAGGACCAUGGUGAAUGUCCUCGGUGACGCGUUUGGGACAGGCAUCGUGGAGAAGCUCUCUAAGAAGGAGCUGGAGCAGAUGAGUGUUCCAUCUGAAGUCAACUUCAGGAACCCCUUUGCUGUGGAAACCACGGCACUCGAUAAUGAAGACUCAGACGCCAAGAAGUCCUAUGUCAACGGAGGCUUUGCCAUUGACAAAUCUGAUGCCAUCUCGUUCACCCAAACCUCACAGUUCUAGUGCCCUGGGCUUCAGAUGACUGGGAAUGAUGAAGGACAUCUCUUAGCAAAUUCAAACAUUAAGAAAAAGAAAAACACUAAUGGCCAGUUGUACAUUUGACCUGAUACACAGACCUCCAGAUUCUUUCUAUAUUUGGAUUCAGAGCUUUUGCUCUCUAGGUCCUGAGAUUUGGGGGUGGGGUAAGAGAAAAGGAAAUUAAUUAAAAGGAAAGAUAUAUUAUCUGGAGUUUUAAAAUUCUACAGGAAACAAAGCUUGGAAGUAUGUAAUGUAGCAGCUUCUGGAAUUAGGUAACGGAUGUGAAAGCAAAAUUGCUUUUUCAUGCACAGACCAGUGCUUGGGGUUUUUAAAAAAAUACUCUGUCAUUGACUACAAAUUUUUUACUCAGGCUUUCUAUUGGCAUGUGUUUCCUUUGAGGUCUCACAUUUUUAUAGAUUAUAAUGCAUCUGAACCACCCGCCUCCCCCAGUUAAUGUGCCAAAUUGUCCAUUUUGAACUCAUCUCCAGCCAAUUUCAAAGAAACUGCUUUCAAAGAAAACAGACCAGCACAGUUCUGCAAAACCAGUUUUAAGAUGGGUGUCAGGUUUGGGGGGAAGGGAGAUUCUCUUUUCAAUGUACUGUAUUGGGACGCUGGUAACUAUUAACCCGGUGUUCAGUGUAGAGCUAGAUAUAUAUAUGUAUAUAUUAUUUUCAUAUAAUUUGCCAGACAGAGAUCAGAAUUGAACUGUCAAUGUGAAAUAAAGAGCUCUCCUUAUACUUGAAUAAUAACUAUGGUUCCAAUCCAGAUCUACUUUGGGGCUUAUCAGAACUCCUCUCUCAGGAGCAGUCUGUGUAGCAGCCCCAAAGCAGACAUGUAUUACGGUGAUACUCUGAGGUGGCAUAGCCAUUCACUACAACUUAGAAAUUCUCCUGAUGGGGGGAAUCAUAUCAGCUCUAUGUAAGGUUAUAUUCAAAGGUGUCACUCACAUAAGGCUGGGUGUGUUUUUAUCCAACUCGAAGACUUCAUUCUUCCAAGGUCAGUUAUACCCACUUAAAAAUGACAGUACUUUGCCCUUUUAUACCCAUCAGGGCCCAAGCAACAGUGGCAGACUACCAGCUAAAUUGUAUUUCAGUACGAAUUUGAUGGUUGAACAAGCCACAUUGAUCACAAACACACUAUCCCUGCCCUGGAUGCUUGCAGAGUAAAUCCCACAACAUGAGACGUUGGGGUCAGUGGUUCAGGGAAAUCCUGCAUUUGUGUGGCACUUGCCUCUUCCUCCAGGGAGGAUUCUUCUAACCGACUAGUCUUCUAGUGAUCUUGGCCCUACUCAUUAAAAUCCAUCAUUUGCCAUUCUGCUAAUUUAUGAAGAUAUAUUAUUAAAGUCUGUGCUUCAGCUCACAUCUUGUAAAUAAUGCUUAACAUAAACUUGCAUUUACACUGAGAUCCAAAAUACUUGUGCUUCUGCAGUAUUGAGUAGCCCAUUUAAGCCUGUGCUUUCCUGUUUAAGAAACCUGAAAUUGUGCCAAAGAGCAUGGAAAAGUAAGUAAAUGCUCAGUAUUGACCACCUGCACCUGAAGUCUACAAGAAACUAGUAACUCAAUUGUCGUUUGAAAACCAUAAAUAUAAACCAGUAAUUCAAUGUGAGUUUUAAAAUGCAAAGAGUGGUAUUGUUUAUAGAAAGUUAAUCUAAAUAUAAUGCAGCUGAAUGGUAAUUUAUCUUGGGCUGAAUGGUUCUACCCCAUGGGCAGGUUUCUCUGGUUUGAGGCACCGGAGCUGGCAGAGCUGUUCAUGAGCUGCAGGUCAUCCUUAUUUUGGAGUCCGUUUGUAACUGACCUCUUAACACCCUGUGCUGUUAACUCAUCAAAGAGAACAAUGUUCCAUUUCAGUCUCAAUAAACACUUCCAUCAUUCUUUC